AUGGAACUGCCGAGAGAGCUCAUUCAGGAUGUAGAGACAGAGCCUGGUAGCUACCGAGAAGCCCGCCAGUUAAAGCAUACCGUGAUUUGGGACAAAUCCAUGUCUACAGAGUUUGAAGGCUUGUUAAGAGCAGGAAUGUUCGCGUUAGCAGUAAAGGCCCCGAUGGGCUGUAACGUGAUAGAUGCUAGAUGGGUCUAUACAUGGAGAGCAGACAAAACAGGCAAGAUAGUGAAGGCCAAGGCUAGGCUUGUAGCGAAGGGCGUCAAGCAGAAGAAUUGUGUGGAUUAUCUUGAGACUUUCUCGCCUACUGCAAAUGCUGCAUCAAUUCGUUUGUUGGUAGCAUUGGCGUGCAAGUAUGAUUUGGAAUUUCUCCACUUUGACAUUGAGCAAGCGUUUGUUCAGUCGGAAUUGGAUCAUGAGGUGUUCACGAAGUUGCCUCCUGGCUGCGAGUCGAUGUCAGGAAAGGUCGUCCGUUUAGACAAGAGUUUGGAUGGACUCAGGCAGGCAUGUAGAACAUUUCUCAAGAGAUUUGUGUCGGACCUGAAGAGGAUUAGUGUCGAACAAUCUCCAUCUGACCCGUGUGUUCUGCGUUUCAUGAUGAGAAACGAGGUGAUGGGUAUGAUCGCGAUUCAUGUGGAUGACUUUCUGGAUGGAGGAAUUGAGAGUCUUGCCAAGAUAGUUGUGCAAGCGCUAGGUGACUCUUUUCACACGAAGAAUUUUGGCGAGGUCAAUUUCUUUCAUGGUUGCGCAUUUAGUCGCGACCGCGAGGCUACCAAGAUUGAGAUGUCUCAAGAACGUUGCGUCAGGAGUGUUCUCGAGAUAUUCAAUAUUUGUCGCACCAGCUCGACCCUGCUCCCCCUGCUAGUGUUUACAGGUCAGUGAUGGAGCAGGAGGCAGGGGAUGUGCCGUUCCGAGAGGU